AUGGGAAUACAAAGGAAGCCCCAAAGAAGUCUAAUGGAGUUGAUUGAGAAUCAGCCUGCGAAGAAUGCGUCGGGAAAAUCAACGCAAUCUCAGAUUCCUUCUCUUACCACCAGGUCUCCUCCUCUUGCUCCUCAUCAACCUCCCCAACCAGUCAGAGCUGAUGCUGCCGAGUUGAAAAGGCGCAGGGAGCAGAAAGGGAAAGACGUGGUGGAUGAUGGAAAGUCUCGUCCGACCCGCGAAGAAGAUGCUCAAUGGGCUGCAAAGCAGCAGAAGACUAGCCAUCCUCUUCAGCGAGGCCAGGAAAGGUUUGACAUUCAACCUCCUGAGCCUCAAGCCUGGCUGCCAGCACCCAUGCAUGGUGGGGAGCCCUUACGAGAUGAUGCGUCUAUUAGGGACUUCAAUGGUGGUGUUGGGUGUCAUAUAGCCUUGGCUAUAGAGGAGGCUUUGUCACUCCCAAAGGACAUGGUUAUCCAAAACACUUUUAAGCUGGAUGAGAUGCUCAAUAACUGCUACAAUCAGCUAGACGAUGAAAGGAAGAAACGGGCGUCGGCUGUACAAACUUUGACAGUAUCCAAGCAAGACUUGGUGAAUACGAAGAAGAAAUUAGCUGCUGAGGAGCAAGCUCGCAAAAGCGUUGACUCGACCUUGGAAGGCUUCCAAAAGCAAGCUGAGGCCCAGAGAAAGCGUUUAUGCGAAGCAAAUGAGGAAUUGAAGGCUGCCCGGGAGCAAGUGGCAGUUCUUAAAAAGCACCUGGAGAAAACCCAAAAGUUAAGGGAACAAGCUGAAAAGUCCAUGGAGGAAGCUGAGAGGGCAAAGGCCGAGGCCAAACAGGCAACGAAUGAGGCCGAACAAAAAGGCUACGAAAUCGGGGUGGCUGAGACGGAGGAGACACUAAGGGCAGAGGUGCCAAUGGUGUGCCGCAUUUACUGCGCCCAAACUUGGGAUGAAGCCCUUAACCGAGCUGGGGUUGAGGCUUCAUCCGAGUUAAGGAAGGCAGAGAAUGUGUUCUACCCUACAGUAAUCCGCACCUCGGCUCCUCCAUCCAGUCAAGCUGAAGACACUCCCUCAACCACUAAUCCUAAUCAGGAGGUUUUACCUCAAAAUCUUCCUCCUCCUAGUCAACCAGAACUAGCUAAAGAGACUAUUACCCCUCCAGAAGCCUCCUUGGACAAGACUGCAGCAGCUUCUGAGGCAGAGGUAGCCUCUCAAGGCUUUCAACAGGAUUUGGCUUCCACAGUCAUGCCAACUGGGGGAGCUACUAAGGACAUAGAAGGAGUCACUACCUCAGAGGCAGAUAAAUCAGCCAACCAAGCUCCCAAGCUCUAA